CCUUCUUUUCUUUUAUAAAAAAAUCCCUUCAAAUGAUGCUUGGACGUGGAACAACGAAUGACGGAGACCCAGACUGCACUGAAGAGUUGGAAGAUAAUUCCAAGAGUAUUCUUAUGGGUAUUAUCAGCCAAUUAAGAAAAGAUAUGGAUUUGCAUAGAGUCACUUUACCUACCUUUGUACUUGAGCCAAGAUCAAUGCUGGAAAGAGUAACAGAUUUUAUGAGUCAUCCCGACCUACUUUUAGAAGCUAGCACUAAAACAGACCCAACUGUACGAUUCCUUGAUGUCGUUCGCUAUUUUCUAUCAGGUUGGCAUAUCAAACCCAAGGGAGUGAAAAAGCCAUAUAAUCCUGUAUUGGGCGAAUUUUUUAGAUGCAAAUAUAAAUACAGCAAUGGAACCGAGGCUAUCUAUGUAGCAGAACAAGUAUCUCAUCACCCACCCAUUUCUGCUUUCUAUUAUGGUAGUCCAGAAAAUGGUAUUUAUAUUCAAGGUGAUCUUCGUCCAAAAUCAAGAUUUCUUGGCAACAGUGCUGCCACAUUAAUGGAAGGCGAAAACCAUAUCAUCUUUACUCACUUGCAUAAUGAACGAUAUGAUAUCACUAUGCCAAAUAUAUACGCCAGAGGAAUUUUAUUUGGUAAAAUGGUACUCGAACUCGGUGAUAGCUGUGCUGUUCGCUGUAAAACAAGCGACUUGGUUUGUGAAUUGGAUUUCAAGACAAAGGGAUUCUUUUCUGGACAAUACAACAGUGUUUGUGGUAAAGUAAAGAAGGAAUCAACAGGUGAAGUUUUAUAUGAAAUUUCCGGCCAAUGGUCAAAUGAGAUAUACAUUAAAAUGGCGAAGGCUUCCAAUAAGACUUUAUUUUUUGAUGUUAAAUCUGCGAAUAUUCAUCCUAAAGAAGUAAAGAAUAUAGAAGAACAAGAACCUAUGGAAUCUAGAAGGCUUUGGUCAAAGGUGACAGCUGCCAUCUUGAAAGAUGAUAUGGAUACGGCAACGACCGAGAAGACAAUUAUAGAAGAUAAACAGCGCGAGGAUACCAGAACGCGUGAGGCGGACGGAAUUGAGUUUGUCCCUCGAUACUUUAACUUGGUUCAAGAUCAAUAUGAAUUUACGGGGUUAAGAAGUAUUGACUUUCAAAAUAAAGAAAAGGGCAAGGCUCAACUAGAAGAUAUCAUCUUUUCUCCUAAUCCAACAAAAACGACAGAAGUAAAGUCUACUGCAACAGCUACAGCUUCUAAGCCUAGUCCAUCCUAUUAAAUAAAAGAAAGUAGUUUUACCUCAAAAGGGAUCUUUACUGCACUGGAGCUUAUAGUUUCAUGCAUAAAUGAGCUUUCCAAACCAAAAAGAGGCGCCACUUUUAUGCCCAUUUCAAACUAGCAAAGAUAUGCGGAUGUGGUGAAAUGAAACCUUUAUUGCUUUCCACUAUAAAAACUAC